GCGGGGCGGGGAGCCGGCGCCCGGGGGCGGGGCCUGACCCCCAGCUGUGGGUGCUUCCGACGCCCCGGGGCCCGGGCGGGCGCCCAGAUGCGGCGGCGGCGGCGCGGAGCUCGGGCGGCCCGGGAGGAGCCGCGGGAGGCGCCGGGAGCCCGUCGACUGGGAGUCGAGCCGCAGGUUUCCAUCCCCGCUGGGACGCGCGCCCACUGGAGACGGCCCCUGGGGUCGCCCGCGCGGCCCCGUUCCUGAAUGCAGCGCCUAGGUGCUCCACACCGUCCAGAGAGGGAAUUCUAGGCUCGGCUCCCAGUGCCCGCGAUCUCUAUUACUUCCGGUGGUUCUCACGCACUUGUUGAAGCCGUUUCUCAGCAAAGGGAGGAGUCGUUAUUUCGGGUAUCCAAAAAUGAGUCACAGAGCUGCUCUCUUACAUGCAAAAUGAAGGACCGACUAGGAGAACUCGCGGAAUUAACCAAGCAGUAUGACCAGCAGUUCCCGGACGACGACGAUGAUUUUGACUCGCCUCACGAGGACAUCGUGUUCGAGACCGACCACAUCCUGGAAUCCUUGUACCGAGACAUCCAAGACCUUCAGGCGGAAAACCAGCAGCUGAUUGCCGAUGUGAGGCGCCUGGGAAAGCAGAACACCCGCUUCCUCACGUCCAUGCGGCGCCUCAGCAGCAUCAAGCGGGACACCAACUCGAUCGGCAAGGACAUCAAGGCCCGGGGCGAGAGCAUUAACCGCAAGCUGGGCGCCAUGAAGGCGCUGAGCGAGCAGGCGGAAGUCCAGCACGGCGCGCACUCGGCCGUGGCGCGCAUCGCGCGUGCGCAGUACAGCGCGCUGGCCCGUACCUUCCAGGCCGCCAUGCACGAGUACAACUGCGCCGAGAUGAAGCAACGCGAGAACUGCAAGAUCCGCAUCCAGCGUCAGCUGGAGAUCAUGGGCAAGGACGUGUCGGGCGACCAGAUCGAGGACAUGUUCGAACAGGGCAAGUGGGACGUGUUCUCCGAGAACCUGCUGGCCGACGUGAAGGGCGCGCGGGCGGCCCUCAACGAGAUCGAGAGCCGCCAUCGCGAGCUGCUGCGGCUGGAGGGCCGCAUCCGCGACCUGCACGACCUCUUUCUGCAGAUGGCCCUGCUCGUGGAGCAGCAGGCGGACACCCUGGAUGUCAUCGAGCUCAACGUGCAGAAGACCGUCGAAUACACCGGGCAGGCCAAGGUGCAGGUGCGCAAGGCUGUGCAGUACAAGAAGAAGAACCCCUGCCGGACGAUCUGCUGUUUCUGCUGCCCCAGCCUCAACUAGCAGGUGGCCCCGGACCGCCACACCCGCAUCCCCGAGCGGGAUGGACAGGUAAGCGCUCUGGGGGUAGAUUUUGAGGCCAUCUGUCCUGGGGUGAGUUGCGCUAAUCACUGUGGACCUGAGCCUUAGAGAAAGGGAACAAAAAACACAAGGUGCAAGAAUUCCAGCCCAGCUCGUACUUGGAACAAGGGUGGAUCUCACCCGCUGAUUCUUCAGUCACGACAGAUGCCGGCUGAAGUUUUCUGAGGUCGUUUAAAGGGCACAUAGCACCCUUGCCUCUUAAAGGAAGCCAAAUAAGGAACUGACGUUGUGUCAGUAGAUGUCCAAGGCAUGUUUGUACAUGAACCUCUAGCCGGAAGUCAAUUCUGGAUCGGCUCACAGUAUGAACUUGUUAUCAAAAUUCCAGUUCGAUUACCUUAUCCUGAAAGUACCUCGGUUCUGUUCCUUUUCGAGUGAAACUGACCUUGGGAAAAACUGCACAUCUUCCAUUUCUGAGUCUUCCUCUGGUUUAUGCUAUGCGAUCCCCAUCUGAAUGAAUAUCUUCUGCUCACGUCCUCUACUUACUAAAAUCACAUUUAACACUUACUAUUUCCUUACCUCUUUACUUUCAGUGUCUUCCAUCAGAAUACAUUAUGGGAUUUUUUUUUUCCCCAAAGUUUUUUGAGCACUCACUAUUGAACAAGCACUCAAAUUGAAGUAUGUGUAUCACAUUAUAUAUAUUUUUCAUAAAUAAAAAUAAUUUAAAAUUUAUCUUUUUACUUGAUAAUUAUGAAUACACUUAUAUGUUAAUGUAAAGUGCCAAUAUUUACUAAUGUAUGUACAUAAUGACCAGUUGGUUUAGCUUUACCUUUGUAAAUAUGAUAUAUAAAUAUCAAGAAAAACAUUUUUACUGUGUUGAUGUUGGUUUGCUUGUUUUGAGUUUAUCUUGCUCCUGUCUGCAUCUCCAUAGUUCAGUCUGGAUCAAAACCACCCAAGUUUAUUUUGAGUUGGUUGGUUAUGGUGGUAAAGAACAGAUAUCAAAUGCUGAAAAUGCAUACAGAGUUAGAAAUAUUAAAAAAAAAAAAUCUGAGAAAUAAUUACUUUUGUUUUACUGUGACCCAUUCCUUUUGUGCAUUGAAAUGUAGUAAUUUAAAAUAAAUCUUGUUUUUCAAGUGAAAUAAACAUUACAUUAUAAGCAUG